AAUUAAUUGAAAUCGUAUUGCCAAUGGCUGAUGUGGUAGGGAAACUCGAAGAAGAAGCAUUAAGGCGUAAAAAUCGACUGCGGGAACUACGCGGGAAGCGACUUCAUGAUGAACAACAGAGCACCAUCAAUGAUGAAUCUACACCCGUGCCUAAACCUGUCUUUCGGAACUACAAACCAGAAACGGAAGAAUUUCAGGAACCAACAGCAACGGAUGAUCACGCAGGGAUUGUCGAAAAGGAAGUUGGAACACAUCUGGAAAUGAUGCAAACACCAAUCGUCAUUGAAGAGAUAGAUAUUGCUAAUCUUGCCCCCCGCAAACCUGAUUGGGAUCUGAAAAGAGAUGUUUCUAAAAAGUUAGAAAAACUGGAACGUAGAACACAAAAAGCUAUCGCCGAACUGAUACGUGAGCGGCUAAAAGCCGGGCAGGAGCAGGAUAUACUACAAGCUGUAAAUAUUGCAACCUCUGCUACAACUGCUUCCGUGGAACAACAGAAUCUUUCCGAUGAUUAA